AUGUCGUCUGCCCACAAGAAAGACGAAGGGACCGUCACCGGAGUCUUGGACACUCUGGGACUAAAACCUGAAGGAGGCCCCCACGAUGUCCAGGAAGGAAUGAUGGCGGACAAUGCGGAUAACCUGCAGCGUCACCUUGGCAAUCGUCAAAUUCAACUGAUUGCUAUCGGCGGCUCCAUUGGUACGGCAUUGUUUGUGAGUAUUGGCACUGGAUUAUACCAUGGAGGCCCCGGAAGCCUGUUCUUGGCUUUCGCAGUGCAGUCUAUUUUCCUGGCUAUGGUCAACAACUGUCUUGCAGAAAUGACUACAGCCUUCCCCGUCAGCGGUGGCUUUAUUCGUUUAGCAGGUAAAUGGGUUGAUGAUGCCCUUGGUUUUAUGGUGGGCUGGAACUUCUUUUUCUACGAGGCUCUUCUGAUUCCCUUUGAAAUCUCUGCCUUUACUUUGGUCCUCUCAUUUUGGAGUCCCACUGUUUCAGAGCCUGGUCCCGUUGCCGGUAUCUGCGCGGGCAUUAUUAUCUGUUAUGCAUCAUUAAAUAUCCUGGCGGUUCGUGCAUAUGGCGAGGCUGAAUUUUGGCUCUCCGGAGGCAAAGUUAUUCUCAUCUUCUCCUUAUUCUUUUUCACGUUCAUUACGAUGGUGGGCGGAAACCCGCAUCAUGACGCCUAUGGGUUUCGAUUUUGGAACAAUCCUGGUUCCUUCAUGGAAUACCUAGACACCGGAGCUUUGGGUCGCUUCGAAGGAUUUUUGGGAUCGCUCUGGUCGGCUUGUUUCGCCGUUGUGGGCCCAGAGUAUAUCUCCAUGGUCGCAGCCGAGGCAAAGCGCCCCCGGAUUUAUAUCAAGAGCGCAUUUAAGACCGUCUAUGCCCGAUUUGGAAUUUUCUUCAUUGGCGGUGCUCUGGCUGUAGGCAUUGUUUGCUCAGCACGAGACCCGGAUCUGGAGAAAAUUGUCAUGGGUGAUUCUAGUGACAGCUCCAGUGCCGCCGCAUCGCCAUACGUCAUUGGCAUGAGCAAUUUAGGCAUCAAAAUCUUUCCUUCAAUCGUCAACGCCCUCCUUCUGACGUCCAUUUUCUCCGCUGGUAAUACCUACACCUACUGUGCUAUUCGUACUUUGUAUGGUCUUGCAUUGGAAGGACGAGCCCCAAGGAUUCUCACAUACACCACCCGCAAGGGCGUCCCAAUCUACUGCUUCGCCAUCGUGAUGAUCUUCCCGAUCCUCUCGUUCUUGCAGGUUUCGAACAGCUCUUCCAUUGUGAUUACAUGGUUCGCCAACCUGGUCACUGCUGGUGGACUUAUUAACUAUAUCACCAUAACAUUGACAUAUAUCUGUUUCCACCGCGCUUGUAAAGCUCAAGGUAUCGAUCGCAGAUCGUUCUCCUAUUUUGGCCGUCUCCAGCCAUUUUGCGGAUAUGCUGCUCUUGUUUGGAUGAUCUUGGUCACAAUCCUCUACGGAUACCCUUCUUACAAGCCUUGGUCGGUAUCUACGUUUUGGUCGGACUAUACUAUGCAGAUCGUGAUUCCCCCACUCUAUCUCAUCUGGAAGUUCAUCAAGCGCACCAAGAUUGUGAAGCCCCAUGAGGCCGAUUUGGUUUGGGAACGACCUCUGAUUGAUGCCUAUGAGGCAAGCUUCACCUCACCACCGGUUGGCUUCUGGCGGGAAAUAGGCCAAAUGUUUGGCUUCAGACGAAUCAAGGGUGGUAAUGACAAGCGUCGAGAUUCUGUUGCCCCCGACUUUAACGGAAUGGCCGAGGGCGUAACAGUUUGA